AUGCAGUAUGUGCGCUCCAUCACUGGAUCUGUCUCGAAGAGUUGGAACAGUAUCAAUCCUGCAACCCUCUCCGGCGCAAUCGAUGUGAUUGUCGUAGAGCAGGAAGAUGGCUCUCUCGCUUCCUCGCCCUUCCACAUCCGCUUCGGGAAGUUCAGUCUGCUCAGGCCGUAUGAGAAAAAGGUGGAGUUCCAGGUCAAUGGCCAGAAGCAAGAGUUUCCCAUGAAACUGGGAGAGGGAGGAGAAGCGUUCUUCGUUUUCGAGACCAAAGAGAGCGUGCCAGAGGCGUUGCAAACAUCUCCACUUGUUUCGCCUGCUUCGAGCCCUGAACUACAACCGAGUCCUCCCAAUACAGCCAGCCUCCAGGAGCCAGAUGUCUUCGAUUUGGAACAGAGUGAUUCCUUACGUCCAAGGGCGCGUGAUGUGAAGAGAGGGCACAGCCGAAGCACGACAGAGGGCAUACCUAUUCCUUCACUUCUGCGGCGACCGAACAGCGACCUGGGCCAGCUAUCACCACUCUCCGGCUCGCCCGAUGAACCUCUCAAGCGAACUGCCUCUGAUGACUUUGCUAUCUAUGGCGAGCCGCACUCGAUGCCCAAGCUGGAUCGCAUGGCCUCGGACAGCGCUGUCCCUGCGGCCAAGGCUGCCAUCAACGAGUCCAUGGAAACGAGCGAACUCAUCCCUUCCGCAAACUCCGACAGAGCACUAUCACCUAUGCGAGAUCACUUGGACCGAUCCAGCAACGCACCAUCCGUGGACCAAGAGGAGGCCAAAGCUCGGGCCAUGAAUCUCUCCAAAAAGCUUUGGACUUCGAAUAUAAGCAACCAGGUUACAGAAUCAGGGGAUUUGAUGUUGGACAUGACUGGAUUCAAGAGUGGGAACAUGGAAGCGCUGCAGGCUGAAGGGAUUGCGCGACAACUGCUUUCAGAAGAGCUCGAGGGACCUUACGAUAUUGGCGCGUUGAUUGGGGCUGACGAGAAGGGCAACAUCUGGAUAUACAGCAGUGAAGAGGCGAAGGAGGCCGCAAAUAAACGAGCAGCGGCAGCGGCAGCCUCUGGUAUCAGCAGCUUCAAUCCUGCGGCAUACGCUUCGACAGAUGCGAUAUCCGACCCAGGCUAUCACAGCGCCGACGAAAAUGAGAACAAGUCUGACUUGGAUGGAUCGCACACUAGGCGGGAUUCUGACAGCGCAGUGGGCCUAUCUUCGCAACCUCAUUCACCUGCCAUCGUUGGAGACCCCAACAAGAAUUACGCCAAGACGCUGCGACUGACUUCAGAUCAGCUCAAAUCGAUGAACUUGCAAUCAGGGGCCAACUCGAUGGCGUUUACGGUCAACCGCGCGACUUGCAAUGCCACACUUUGGUACUGGAAGCACGACGUUCCAAUUGUGAUUUCUGACAUUGACGGGACAAUCACCAAAUCGGACGUCCUUGGUCAUGUACUCAACACGAUAGGCCGAGACUGGACACACCAAGGAGUUGCGAAGUUGUACACCGAGAUAUCAUCCAAUGGCUACAACUUUCUCUACUUGACCAGCCGAAGUGUUGGCCAGGCUGACACCACAAGAGCAUAUCUGAAUGGAGUCGUUCAAGAAGGAUACCGACUGCCUAAAGGACCAGUUAUCCUCAGUCCAGACCGCACAAUAGCAGCUCUCAGGCGAGAAGUCUACCUCCGAAAACCCGAAAUCUUCAAAAUGGCCUGCUUGCGAGACAUUAUGGCCCUCUUCAUCGGCAAAUCCGGCAGCCCGUUCUACGCAGGUUUCGGAAACCGUCUCACAGACGCCCUAAGCUACCGCUCCGUCAACAUCCCCAGCACGCGUAUCUUCACCAUCAACAGCAACUCCGAAGUCUCCCUGGACCUCCUCUCCCUCAACAAGUACAAAACCGCCUACAGCACCAUGCGCGAAAUCGUCGACCACUACUUCCCGCCCGUCGGCCUCCUCGUCAAAGGCGGCGGGGAGGAAUUCACGGACUUCAACUACUGGCGCGACAAACCCCUCGACAUCGAAGAUUUCACCGACAGCGAAGACGAAGACGACGCGAUCGAUACCGCGCUCGCACGACUGGACCCCACGGACACGAGGGAGAGUAUCCUCAGCGAAGACGAAGCGGGCGAUCUCGCGGACAGCUACCUCUCGGAUCCGCGGGCGAGUCUGGAUCAAUCCGUCACGGAAUCUGUGAUUGAAGACGAUGAUCUCACCGCCAGCUCAAGACUCGAUGACGACGAGGAGGAAGAAAUCGACGAAGAAGAUGACGAGGACCUGGAGAUUGAGGAUUCGAGGGGUGGUGCGGGGGUUGGGGAGCCGCGCACGCCGAGGUUGGGGUCGGAUUUGAAGGGGUUUGGGGAGAGGGGGGAGGGGAGGACGCCUAGAAGGUCGAGUGAUGGUGAUGAUGAUGAUGAUGAUGAUGGGGAGGAGGUGUCGCCGAGUAAGAGGGCUACGGCUGGACUGAAUCUUUCGGCGUUGGAUCAGCAACAGCAGCCGCCGGCGGGGAGGUAG